AACUCACAUGAAUCACGUAGUAUGAUGAUAUGUUUCAAAUUUUCAACACAGGACUAAAACCGUAAGCGCUGUAUUCGACCAUGCUACUGGAAGAUUCGAAAGUACAAAUAGAUCUGACAAAAGGAGCCUCUCACACACUCAAGAAUCUAGGAAUAGUCUACCUCUCCUUAUACCUAGACCACGACAACUUCUCCUUAACCACACCAGACACAUCAGGAGAGCUGCUAAAAACUCCUGGGUGUUGCACUGAAAACCUGCACGUAUCUGGUGUUGCUAACACUGCGCGCCAUCUCCUCCUGCUCCUCGACAUAAACCAUCCUCUGCUGGGACACCAUGCGGGGUGUCUGUCUGGUACCAAGGAGGUCAGUCCGUGGACUAGAAUCAUUGAGAUAACUUUCCCUGAUUCUCUUGCCUCUGCUGCUGAUUUACAAGAAGUUCAAUCAACGUUAGGAUUUCUACAAGAAACCCUCAACGCACCUUUCAUCGGACACAACCAGAGAAAGAUAAGACAAGAAGCCACGAGACUAGGAUUGCUGCCUGAACAGGGAGUAUUAUCCCACGACGAAAGGAAGGCACUCCCAGUUAUAAGGAGAUACGUUCAUGGUCUUCAUCUUGGAGCUACUGAUAUUCUUCUUUUUGGGAUGAUCUCUGCUAAGUUGCAUUCCCUGGGGUGUGAUAUUUCUCAGCUUCAGUGUGAUGAUUUGACUCAAAAAUGGUUUGAAAGAAUGAUCGAUAUUGCUCAGGCAUUUGAACCUUUUUAUAUGAAUUUCUUACGUGAGAAUGUUGACUUAAAAGUGGAAUUAGAAAUGGAAACUUCUAAUAAGGAAAUCGGCAUUGCAGAAGAAAAGGCAGAUCCAGUUGAAAAUCAGGGCGAAGUUGAUAAGACUCUUCUGCUAAAAAUGGAUGAAAUUGCCAAUAAUUACCAGUAUCAGGAACUUGAUGAUUUUCCUGUGAAAUGGGAUUCACUCAGUGACCUUCUCAAACCUCAGAGAAAUAAAGUUAACAACACUAACAAAAUGUUUCAGCUGCAAAGUAUCCUGGCUGGAGUGCACCUCUGUGUAAAACAUCUCCGAUCCUUAAAUCUACCGAAGAUUCGAAUUGUCGACUUUUGUUCUGGAGCUGGUCAUUUAGGGAUAUUCCUAGCCCAUCAUUUUCCAGAUUGCCACAUCAUAUUAGUAGAAACAAAGUGGGGUUCGUUACGUUAUGCCAAGGAGAGGAUCGACAAACUAGGGUUAAAAAACAUCAGCCUUUGUCUAGCACACAUGGAACAAUUUGUGGGUCGUUUUGAGUUAGGUGUCAGUCUCCAUGCCUGUGGUUCCUUGACUGAUAAAGUUUUUCAACAGUGUAUUAGGAGCAGUGCUGCCAUCGUCUCGUCCCCUUGCUGCUACGGAAAGAUUGUGAACUCAGAAAGUUUGUUAUACCCAAAAAGUGAGCGUUUUCGAAAUAUUAUCUACGAUCACAACGAGUUUUUUAAGGUUUCAAGGUUAGCUGAUCAUGAAAGUAAUAAUGAAAAUUACAUGAAAUGUGUUGAUAUUGAUAGAACUGAGCAUCUUAGGGAAUAUGGUUACCAGUUUGUAGGUAUUUCCAAGCUCAAACCGUUAACUUGUUCCCCAAAGAAUAAUUUGGUAGUUGCUUUUAUGGACUGAGUCUUUAUAUAUAAUAAUAUUAUGUAUUAGGAAUUAUUUAUCUUGAUGCAUAUUAAUUUUGAAUGUUUUAGCUGUUCUGAUGUA